GUCCACUACAUAAAGGGAGUUCCCCCUAUAUCUGUAUUUCUUAAUCAUGUCCAUUUCAAAAGCUUGCGAUGCUAAUUAUUCAAAAGCAAGGGUUUGGGGGGUUUUUUGGCCAUUCUUUGUUUCAGACCUACAGAAUGGGUUUGGCUAUCCAACUUAUUUACAUAUUUUUUCUUGAUUUUUUAAAAACUUUUUACUGCUCCAGGUUUUGUAAAGAUUUCUUAUUUUUAUUUAGCAAGGGCACCCCUUUCCUGUUUACAGCUUUGAGAUGAUCCCUUGCUUAUAUAUAUAUACCUCAGUGGAUUCACCACUCUUUGAGAUGGCAUCAGUAAAUUGCGUAACUGCCCUCUUCCACAGCACAUUCAGGCAUUAUUAAUGGAGGAGAAUACAGGUCUCCUGUCAAGUAAUUUCUGUGCAGGCUUUCACGUAUUUGCAGUCAUAUCAAAUCCAGCCCUUUCCCUUUCUGAAUCUCUGCGGUUGUAUUACAAAGUGUGUUUCCUAUUGAAGAAAAAGGUACACUAGAACUUACUGCUGGGGAGCCUUGAGAUCUUUUUCAUUAGAAGAAGUCCAGUAAUGCAGCCCUUGCUGACUCCAGUUUACCUGUUCAGCUCUGCAUGACAGAACUUUGUCUUACUAGGUUUGUCUAUUGAAUACACCUAUUUUGAAUGCAUUUUAGCAGCUGGAUGAAACCGAUGCCCAUGUGAAUACAUUUGUGACUGUGACAUGCAGUUAAACUAGCAGAUGAUCUUAAACUGUUUAUCAUUUGUGACAUUGUUUUGCCUUCCUUCUGUUAACUCUGGGCUUUGUGCCUCUUGUUCUCAGGGCUGCCGUUUCUGAGGCUGUGCAGCAGCGCCCGGCAGGCUGCGGGGCCAAGGAGCUGCGGGGCAGCCGCUGGCUUUGCGCUCGGCGUCACCGUCCGGUGGCCGCUGGGGAAGCGGCGCCCAGCUGGGCACCAUGAGCUCCGGCACCACCGCCCCGCUGAAGGUCGUCAGCAACCUCGCCAACACUGAUGUCAACUAUGUCAUCAAAGAGCAUUAUAAUUACACAGGGAAGCUAAAUGAGAAUGCGGACAGUGGAAUAAAAAUGACGUCGGUGGUUUUUAUCAUCAUUUGCUGCUUUAUAAUCUUAGAGAACAUUUUUGUCUUGCUCACCAUCUGGAAAACCAAGAAGUUUCACAGACCCAUGUACUAUUUCAUUGGGAACUUGGCUCUUUCAGACUUGUUGGCUGGUGUGGCUUACACUGCCAACCUCCUGCUAUCCGGACACAAAACCUAUAGCCUCACCCCCUCCCAGUGGUUUGUAAGAGAAGGCAGCAUGUUUGUUGCCUUGUCAGCUUCUGUGUUCAGCUUGUUGGCCAUUGCCAUUGAGAGAUACAUCACCAUGCUGAAGAUGAAACUGCACAAUGGCAGCAACAGCUUCCGCUCCUUCUUGCUGAUCAGUGCUUGCUGGGUUAUCUCCGUGAUACUUGGGGGACUCCCGAUCAUGGGCUGGAACUGCAUCAGCCUCUUGUCCAACUGCUCCACCGUGCUGCCUCUUUACCACAAGCACUAUAUUCUCUUUUGCACCACCGUUUUCACUGGCCUUUUGCUAUCUAUUGUUGUCCUCUAUUGCAGGAUCUACUCCAUGGUGAGGACUAGAAGCCGCAGGCUGACAUUUCGGAAAAACAUUACCAAAGCUACUAGGAGCUCGGAAAAGUCCCUAGCCUUGCUCAAGACAGUGAUCAUAGUCCUGAGUGCCUUCAUUGCCUGCUGGGCUCCCUUGUUCAUCCUGCUUUUGCUGGAUGUGGGGUGUAAAGUGAAGAGCUGCCCAAUCCUCUACAAAGCAGAGUAUUUCUUAGUACUGGCCGUGCUCAAUUCAGCCACGAACCCUAUCAUCUACACCUUGACGAACAAAGAGAUGCGGAGGGCUUUCAUCAAGAUUCUGUGUUGCUGCAAAUGUCCCCCGGCAGAUUCUGGGACCAAAUUCAAGAGGCCAAUCAUUGGAGGGAUGGAGUUCAGCCGGAGUAAGUCUGACAACUCCUCUCACCCACAGAAGGAGGAAGGUGACCGUCCUGAAACCAUCAUGUCUUCGGGCAAUGUGACCUCAUCUUCUUAGGAGUAACCAUGGGGGUGUAUUUCAGACCCUUCCUCUGAAAUUGGGGAGCUGAGGCGCCUCCUGCUCACUGCAGCAGUGCUGGGCUAAGUGAGCAAGUAGCAUUAGUUCUAAUGAGGAAAACGGUGCACUUGCGAGGCUGGAGUUCAAGAAACGGGACAGACUGUUCUGGCUUGAAAAUCUUUUUCCCUGGAGCAUGUUUUGUCUUUGCACUGAGGCAGCUCAGGAUUGUCAGGCGCAUUCAUAUCCUGAAGUCUCCUUAGUAACUCUGAAAGACUGAUGCCUUGGUGAAAUGAUGCCUGGUGUGUGUGAGAGAAAGAGCGAGGGGGAGGAGGGAGGGAGAGAAUGAAUCUUUUUUUUUUUUUUUUUUCCAUGUGAGAAGAAUGUGAAGUUAUUUCUCCUUUACUUGCAGCAAACCACUGACACAAAGAUCUUUCUGUACUGAACUUGGUGGUGGCUCUGGUAUAGUUGGUCAGAAGUGUUUGUUUAGCACAUAAUGAGGAAAGAGAUCACACAAACAUAACUUAGACCACAUAACAACCAUAAUUUGGCAUCACUUUUGAGAGUUUUUAAUUAAGUUAUAAGGUUUUAUUUGAAGAGUCCAAAGCUGUUUGGGUUUUAUUUAGCAAGAUCAUAGCUGUGAAUUUUUGCUGUUGGUCCAUGUUACAUUUGAAGACCAUGAGCCAGACUCUGCAGUUACUUUCACGUGUACAGUUCCGUUGACUGGGUCAGAUUUUACCGAGUAGCUCAGAGAAGCAUUUGGCCCCGUACAUUGAUUGCCUUGUUAUUCUAUAGCAUUAAAUAAAGUGCAUUAUCAUGACAAAUGUAAGGUAGAACUAAAGGUCACUUCUCUUUAAGAUGACUGAGAGUAAAUCUAAUAGUUUAAGAUGCUAUUGACAACAGCAGGAUUUUUGCCUAAGAAGAAUUAAAAACUGAAGGGGCAUUUCAGUGUCAGGUUCAUAGUCUUUCCAAAGGUAAAGAUCAGUUGGAAAAGAGUACCUUGAGUUUCAGAAAUAUCAAAGGAAAGUUGAAGUGAAAUGACUAUAGGUAAAUGCACUUCUAUAACAAAAUGCAAUACAUUUUGGCACAUUUUAUUAAUGUUUAUAAUUUCAGCAAAGAUGUCUGUAUUUUAUCAGUUCAUGGAAGAAGUACCUGUCAUUAAAUUGAAUGUAUUUGUUUUACAGCAUCAUUUUUACUCCUCUGUUUUUCUAACCUGUGCUAAUGGGGUUGAAUGUGUACAAUGUAAAUAAGUUAAUAAGAAGCAGGAGUCUUCAUGCACCUAGAGUAUUACUAUAACAAAAGUGGUAUAUCUGGGAUAGCUGAGAGCAAUUGACUGAUUUACAGUUAUUGGCAAUUCCUAGAAGUGGUAUUUUGUAAAGAAAAUUUAUUGCCUUUGUAGUAAAAUUUUCAGUGCAAUUAAACUGUUUUGGUUUGUUUUUCCUGGUUUAAAAAAUAGUAUUUAAAAUGUUUCUGACUUCUAUUGUUCAAUUUGCACAUAGCUUUAUUGACUUCUAAACAUUAAUAAACUGAUUUUUUUA